UUGCUUGAAUUUGACACGAGCAUUUACCGUCUGUAUAUUUUCCGCCCGUAACACCUGGACGCACCUGGAGCAUGAAAUAGAGCGUCGUCGCGUGUCGCACACGUCCAUCAUCAUUUCACCCGAUUGAUUUCGAGGACAGCCGAAGACGAACGAACAUCGUCACUUCAUCGUCCGUACGUCCAGUCAUCGGUGAUCGACAACGACAUCAAGACAAUACGUCCUCAUUUUGUUGGACAUCUAUGUAGUGAAUAGCACAUGUGAACCACGAUCCUGGAAUUUGAUUUAUCUGAGAUACACAGACAUGGAAUAUUAUGAUAACGCUUUUUGAUAUUUUUAUUUUGUUGGUGUCACUAAAAGUGAGUUUACAAAGCGGAACUAAGAGGAAAAAUUGUUUAAUACGUGAUUGCAAAUUGGGAAUUUGACAGCGGAUGAAUACUAUUAUAAGAGCUGUCUAAAACAGUCGGCAACGCAGCACAAGUUAAACGAAAGUAUUCCCGAGCAUCUCUUGGUAUUAUUUCUGCGGUAUUACAUAUUAGGCAGUUAUAAACAUUACUCGCCCGGCUUCGGAGUGAAACGGCGUGACAUUUCCUCUCUCUCUCUCUCUUUCUCUCUCUCUCUCUCUCUCUCUCUAUUACAUUCUGUGUCGAGCAAGGCCGAAUGAAUGAUCGGCAAUGAAAGACAACCGAACAUUUCAAACCAAACGUUUACGUGCCUCCAUGCAGUGUGUGCUGAUCAUCCAUCUGAUAGUGCAUUGACAUCUCACCAUCACCCCUCAUCCUCGACCGGCUUCUACACUCCGGGAUUGGGGUUCAUGUCUAACCCUCUCACUCCUACCAGAACAUUUAGCUCCACCCAAGAAAGGGAUACAUGUGACUUGCAGGUGCAUGGGUGUUAAAGCGCAACCUACCGGAACCUUAAACGUAUCACCAAGUUGAUAGAGUUUUCAGAAGGGUAAAAGAGGGGUGCGGUUUUACCCCUGUCAGUGCGUUAGAGGUGGUGAUAGAUGCACCGCUGAUACCAAUGAACCCUGUUCAGUCCCUCUUGGUUUGGAUUUGAAUUCUUCGAAGGUCAAUGGACCUUGUGAUAUUAAACCUCUGAAUGAAGGUAAAGGGACUCAUUUACCUUUAGUCGAUUUGGAGCUGAGUACACCCAGUCACCUAGAACGGGGUAGCAUCAUCAUUGUUACCACUGUCAAGUCAGUGCUUAACGAGAGGCCUGAUGAUGUGCCUUUAAUCAAUUAUUUGGAUUAAUAGACAACCACUUGAUAUACAUCGUUUUAUUUAGAAAAUCUUAUUUUAAAUCCUUUUAGAAGGCCAUAGCGAAGAGCUGAAUAUUGAUAUAAUGAAAUGAGUUAUUUGUAAAACUGACCUCCUUUUUUCGAGUUCAUUGGCGAAAGGCGUUCGCUUGUUGAGCAAAGUCGGAUGAAGAAUUCAAGUUCCAUUUCAUCACAUUCAGUUCAUUUUAUUUUUAAUCGCUUUUCUGACAAGUGUAUCGUGUUCAUGACGUCACUCAUCACCUGACAUACCAUCGUAAUCCAUGACAUGUCACAUGACAGCGAAUCAAUUGCUUCACCGAUUGUGAUCACUGUAUUGUGAUUAGUCUAUGUAUGUGCCGAACCCCCCGCCAUUCCGGAUAUGACGUUUCAUCGGUUCACGGGAAACAAAACCGCCUUAUUGACAGACAGACAGGGAGAGGGGCCUUGCAAACCGCUAUUGUUGGGGUUAUUGUAUUUCUUUGGUUCGCCAUAACCAUAAAGAUUCAUAUUUCAUACCUCAUUUGCAACGUCGUCUCGUCUCGCACUGGUAAAACCUGAAAUGAAACGGAUCAGAAACAACGACAUAUACCAAUAACCAAGGAUACAUAAAUCAAAGCAACGCCAAUGUUGGUGAUGACGUGUUGGUGAUAUUUCUUGAAGUGAACAUUUUAUACGAUCCUCGAACAUGGUCUAUUUUUAGAACGGAGGAAUUUCUUACCACGUAUUAGUGAUUGAUGGAUGAGGAGCUGAUCGAUUUUUUGAAAGAUUUUGAUGAUUUUUGUGGAGACGUGAGAGUAUAUAACUAGCCAAAUGUGACGAAUUGUCGCAUUUUAUAACAGAAGGAUUUCAGCUGUGAAAAAAAAAAUCAUUUAUUCCAGAUUGUGAUUCAAGUUGUUAUAUCUUCGAAUUUCUCGAUGUCGGAAUCCUACCUACGAUAAAGGAAACUUUCUUUUGCUUUUGAACGGAUUCAGUGUUUGCAUAUUGUAUUCACAAAUAUUCUUAUAUUUGUUCAUGUGGACUGUCAAAAUCAUUUCGAGAUUUACCUGCACAAAACCCAGACAGUGUGUGGAUAGCUAAAUGCGAGUAACGGCGGAACACUAGCAACCGAAGAACCCAGUUAUUCAAUAUUUAAUGUGUUUGCAUGAGCGCAUUGAGCUUUUUUUCUUUUUUCAAGACAAUACAAAUCUUGGCAGCUGAAAGAAAAAUAUACUUCGUAAAUCACGCUGAAUGUCAAUAUUUGAAGUUUACACAGCCCUGACAUUCACAUUCCUCCGAAUAAAACAAAGGCUUUGUCUUGUGAAUGAGACAGGUUUGAGGUUGGCCCAUCCCAUUUGGAGGCCUCCCUCGCGGGCGCACAUUGUACUCUCACCGAUGCAGCUGGGUUUCGACUAAAGUGCCAUCGUUUAGAAUCAAGAAACUGUUUCUCGACUCGUGUAGCUGAGAGAACUACAUACAGAACCAAAAAGAUCUGCAGGAAAAUGAACUGCGGCAAUUUUCUUUUGAGGGCCAUGCAUUCUUCCUGUACCUUACGCUGGUUAAGCAUGAAUAGAAGCGUGUUCAUUCCGUUCACUUUGUUCACUGCUUUAUCAGCGAUGAGCAUGAACGGUGGUAGACCUGAGUGUCAGUUGGUGCAGCUGCCCAUGUGUGAAUCCAUGCCCUACAACCUAACCCGCAUGCCUAAUCUCCUGCACCAUAGCACGCAGGAGAACGCCAAGCUGGCCAUUGAACAGUUCUUGCCGCUUGUGAACACCAACUGCAGUGGGAACCUGACGUUCUUCCUCUGCGCGAUGUACGUACCCAUCUGCACCAUGGGUUUCAUGGAAGAACCUGUCCCACCCUGUAAGAGCGUCUGCCAGAACGUGAGGGCGGGCUGCGAGCCUAUCAUGAUAGAGCACAACGUGUCUUGGCCUGUGUAUUUAUCCUGUGACCAGCUACCCGAGUACACGUCCGGUGUGUGUAUAACCAGAGAUGCAAUCGUCGACUCAGGGCCGACCAUGGACCACUUUCAACCCACCCCAACAGUCCCUGAAGUACCACCCGGGAACUGUGACGUCUGUCAAUAUGAUUAUGAGCUGUCACGUGAUCUGUUCUUUGAGAAGGAAUAUGAAUUCGUGAUUCGUGCAAGGGUCGAAGGUUUCCAUUCCGGUACUCGAAGAGGUGAGAUGUACAUCCGGGUCAUCAUUCAUCACGUGGUUCAGUUCAGUGAGAUACACAUACCAGUAGGAGAGGUCCAAUUAUGGGUGAACAACUACUGCGCAUGCCCAAUGAUGACGUCAGGCGAGGAGUAUAUGAUCAUGUGUUACCAGGAUAUAAUCAAUGGGAGGUUGCUACUAGAGAACGACUGUCUGGUGAUACCAUGGCAUAGUAGAUACGUCAAAAGAGUUAAGAAAUGGGGUCAGAAGCUUCUUCACGAUCAGAGAGAUCGAGAUUCAAGUGACUCAAGGAGUAACAGGAGAAACAGAGAUAUCUAUUACCUAUAUGGAUAGGUCAAAGGUCAUGACCUUUCAUCAGAGGUCAAUGAACUUCCAUGGUGCUGCCGUCACAAGUCGCCCGUGCUUCGCUUCGUACGCUACGUAUGAACCUAAAAUGCAAAUCAUGCGUAUAUGUUUUAUGCUUUGAUAUGUUUGAUAUGUUGCCUUUUAAAGGAUACAAAUAAAAUGGUACUAUUAAUAAUGAUGUUUAAUAUUAUAGAGGCGCUGAAGACAAAAUGACGUACAAUGAAGAAGAGAUUCACUUUCAAGGAUCUUUUAAAGGUGGCAAGACAAGUUAUUCAUGUGGAACAUUUUUGUUACGUUUCCGAUGCGGCCACCGUAAAAUGAUUUCUUUUUGUUCAUAUGAUAUAAUAGAAAAUAAGGCCCGUACAGAUAUGACGUGGCAAAUCCUCGGCGGUCAUUUUGUAAUGAUGACGUAUGGUGUAAUACGCUACACAUUUCUCUAUCGUAUACAUACAGAGCUCUGUUAGUACGCGCAAGUCCUUUGUUGCGCGUAGUUUCCAUUCAUUUUCCGCGUAAAAAAAAACCGAACGGCUUUUUCUGCGGCGGUUGACCGCGCCAUAUCUAAUUAAGAUUGUAGGCGUGUGAAAGAGAACUGCUUUAUUUAAUCACCAAAGGGUGUUUAAUCAUAAUGAUAAUAAUAGCCCACAUUUAUAAUGCGUCUAAUACUUUGU